AUGGACAGCCCUAAAGUUCAGGACGGGACCCGGAGUAGAAAGGAGGAAGGGAGAAUUUCCCAAUCCCGGGUUCGGUUUGGCAAACCAAGAUCUGUAAAUAAUGUUGAAGAGAAGGAGCUAGGUUUAGCGGCUAUUAACAGGAUGCGUGUACCCGGUGUACCGUAUCUCCCUCCUCCCCCUGAUCCUAAUCUCUUCAAGAGAGACAAGAGAGAACGGGAAAAGAAGAAAGAGGUUCAGGAGUUGAUAAAGGUUCAGGCUGCAAAGAAUCGAGCAAAAUCCAUCCGAAACCGGAAACAAAAUAAUACUCAUACAAGACCGGAAGAAGAUCUCCCAGUAUUUCCUCAAGAACAUUAUAUUGGUCUUCUGAGGAAAUGCGCGGAAAAGUCUCCUAUUGCUCCAAUAGAGAAGAGUACAUUGACGAGGAUAACCCUCAACCUAUGCUCGGAACUAAGAGAAAGAUAUCCCUCAUGUGUUAAUAAGCUUCUAGAGGAAGCGUCAGCAGAAUAUAUUAUUAGUCUUAGAACAGGUGAUACAAUGAGAACCACAACACAGAGGAAGACGAUGUUUAAGUGUUUUUUUGUAUUUGACGUUGUUAUAUUUCAAUAGUUUGAAAAUCAACUUACUGUGAA